GUCGCUUUUUUUUUUUACGUUUUUUGAUGAAACGGUUUGCUACCACAGCAGAAAACGAGCCUGGAAAAGGCAUUCUCGUAUGCCAAUGUUACCACGAUCAAUCAAAAUUUGAACGUAUUCAUGCUCAAUACCCGCUCAAGUUCAUUCCAACCACAGGUCACGCUGAGCGACUUGCUGUUGUGUAUAUGUUGAGUUAUGGAGGAGGCGUAAUUAGUGGCGAUACAUUCGAUAUCGACAUGACAGUCAAAGAAAAUGCCAUCUUGUUGCUCAUGACCCAAGGCAGCACCAAGAUCUUUAAGGAUCGUGAACAUCAACGACAAUGGUUGGCUUCUUUAAGCGCUCAGCAACCUAAAUUUCAAUUUUCUGACUUGAUACCGAAUGCUAUAACCAACCUAUGGAAAGAACCAGCUAUCGUUCAGCCUUCAGUUCAGAUUAUUCAGUCUGUCGUGGACCCUAAAGCUGUUUUACUUGUCUUACCUGAUCCCGUCACUUGUUUCCGAGACUCAUCCUUUCAAUCCAGACAAAAAUUUCAUCUGAAGGAUCAAAGCUCACAAUUGGUCCUCUUGGACUGGUUUACAAGCGGUAGAUUGGCACGAGGUGAAAACUGGUCGUUUCGACACUAUUCUAGUCGUAUUGAUAUUCAUGUUGGAUCUCGGUUAGUGAUCAAGGAUGCGAUGGUGCUGGAGGACGAAGCAUUCAUGCGAAAAGAACAAAACGAAACUGCUUAUGCGGAUCGACUCAAACCGUAUACCUGCUUUGCCACAUUGAUUAUCAUUGCCUCUGAUACAGAUGGAUCGCUCAAGACAUCUGUGGAUGCAUUACAGAAAAAGACAGAGGCGAUGCGAUUGAUGCCUCUUAAUCUAAAAUCCAAAGAAGACCGUCAGGUACUGUGGUCAGUGAGUCCUGUCUUGAAGGGAAGAGGUGUGCUUGUGCGAAUUGCUGGUAUGACGACGGAACAAGUACGUGAUUUUGUAAAAUAUGAAUGUCUUGGUCAAGGUUUAGAGCAAAUUGUUGGCGAAGGCAUGUUCAAAAAGGUGCUCAUGUAGACA